UUGCGUGACGACCGUCCUUUUGAUAAAUCGGUACUACACAAGAAAUAAAUUUGUACAAAGUAGAAACUAACUCUCUUUCCCGUCUGAACGAAUGAGCUGGCAAAAUUUUGUCGAUGAAAGUUUAUUGGGCACAAGUCAAGUAGCAAGAGCUUCUAUUCAUGGGUUGGACGGGACAAGAUAUGCCUCAAGCUCUGGGUUUGUGGUUCUACCAAGUGAGGCUCAAGCAUUGCUCAAUGGCAUCACAAAAGAUCCGACUCCUUUCUUUUCUAAAGGCAUUGCUAUAAGCCGAACAAAGUAUGUAUUUGUAAGAUCAGAUCCAGGACAUGCCAUUUACUGCCGCAAAGGCAACGAGGGAGCUGUUGCAGUAAAAACUAAUAGAUGCCUUUUGAUUGGAGGAUAUUCUGAUGGAAUGCAGGCAGGGUGCUGUAGCGCAGUUAUGGAGAAACUAGCAGAUUACUUCAUUGCCAUAGGAUAUUGAGAUUUAAAGCAAGAACUACAACAAAUUGCAAGAGUUGAUGUCACACAUGAUGGCUGUGUCAUUACAACUGAAUAUUGUUUUUUUUAGUGCUAUUAUUCAAUAGCCAUUUCACAAACUGAUACCAAAUGGAACUCCAGAAAGCAAAUUAUGUGCAUAAAACUAAAAGCUGUAAAUAAUGAAAAUUGCUAAGAGUGUAUGAUCAAUAAAUAUAUUUUGUAUUGUUUU